AUACUGAGAUUCUGCUAACGCUAACUUCAGAAGACCUGGGGGUGACGGUUGUAAGACCUUUGAAAACCAGCGUAACUCAGGACAACUGCAAUGAGAGUUCGCCGCGCCUAUUUGUAAACAUGCGCACUGGUCGGUUGCACUGAUUGGAUCGUGAAAGGACCGAAGAACUGUCCCACUGCGUUGUUUUUGUGCCAUCAUCAGGGAGCAAAACCUACCUUUCCGUAUCAUGACCUGAGGCGCACGGCGCCGUGCCAUUAAGACCGGAUCAGAGCCAGGAUGCGGGUGUGCCCGGCAGGGCCUGUCCUGCUGAAGUGUGUGCGUGUGUGUUGUCGUCGGGGGCGGGGGCGUGUGCCGCGGUGUGUGAGGGAAGCGUGGGGGUACACACACCUCCUGGCGCGCUCGCUCUGCUUCAACUCGCUCAUCAGCUGGGACGUGGUCAACGACUCGCUCUUCGAACCCGUCUUCUGGGCCGCCGACCGCCUCACACGAUGGUUCGGGCGGGUGUUUGUGUGUUUAGUAGUGGUGUUGACGAGCUCUAUCGUGCUGAUUGCGUACCUGGUGUUGCUGCCGAUGGUGAUUCACACGUACGCCCCCUUGUGGAUCGUGUGGCACCUGUGCUACGGCCACUGGAACCUCGUCAUGAUCGCCUUCCACUACUACAAGGCCACGCGCACAUCGCCCGGAUACCCACCCACAAUGAAAAAUGAUCUUCCUUUCGUGUCAUUUUGCAAGAGGUGUGUCACCCCCAAACCAGCCAGAACACACCACUGUGGAAUCUGCAAAACGUGCAUUCUCCGGAUGGAUCAUCACUGCCCGUGGCUGAAUAACUGCGUGGGCCACUUUAACCAUCGUUACUUCUUCUCCUUCUGUGUGUUCCUCACGCUGGGUUGUGUGUGGUGCAGCAUCAGCGGCAGGAACCUCUUCAUAGACGCCUACAACGCCAUGGAGCACUUUAAAGCUUUGGAAGUGGAGCAACCUGGUGUUCCGGUGAAGGGGGUGGGGCUUCUGAUCGGCAUCGUGCCUCCUGAAGCCAUGAAUGGGCAGAGCUCCUACCAGACCCCUCCCCCCACCUUCACCUACAAGGAAAAACUGAUGAACAAGAGCGUCAUCUACAUGUGGGUCCUCACCAGUACUGUGGCUGUGGCUCUCGGCGGUCUAACGCUGUGGCAUGCCAUGCUGAUCUCCCGCGGAGAGACGAGCAUCGAGAGGCACAUCAACAAGAAGGAGCGCGAACGUCUUACCAAACGUGGCAAGGUCUACAGAAACCCCUUCCAUUAUGGACGACUGAACAACUGGAAACUCUUCUUGGGUGUUGAGAAGAGAAGUCAUUGGGUAACUCGGGUCCUCCUGCCCUCUAGCCACGCCCCUCACGGUGACGGCCUGACAUGGGACUUCCCCCUGAGAAAAAAGGAACCUCUUCCUGUGUGACACACACACACUCCUCCCCUCCUCUGCUCUCCCUUCCUCUUCUUCUUUUUGUCUCCUCUCCCCCUCCUCCUCUCUGUGUGUG